AUGUCGGCACAGGAGCUUAUGAGACAAAUGAUGGACGACCUCAUGGGUCAAAACAGAAACGGUGACAAGACUUCCCCUGACUUGGUGUUCACAGAUCACGAAGUGUGCAAACCUUUCCUCUUGGGAGUCUGCACCAGAGAGCUCUUCAUUAAUACUAAAAAAGAAGAGCCGCUCUGUGGUAAAGAACACGAUGACAAACUCAAACUGGCUUAUGAGGAAGCCGUGAAAAAGGGCAAAACAUUCCCUUUUGAAGAGGAUGUCCUGCAAUUUCUAGACUACAAAGUACGCGACAUGGACCGAGAGCUCGGCCGGGCUCACGACCGACUGUCGUUGCAACAAGCACCCAUCGAAGAUGUAGAGACACACAAUAAGAUCAUGGACAUUGCGAAGCAAAUCGGUGAGAAGUUGGCCAAGGCCGAGGAGAUGGGCGAGGAAGGCAAGGUGGACGAUGCACAGGCUCUCAUGGCCGAAGUCGAAAGUCUUAAGCGUGACAAGCUGGCAGCUGAGCGCUCUGUAGCGAACGACGGUCCAGCGCAACAGCAAUACCAGCAGCAGAAGUUGCGCGUGUGCGACGUCUGCUCUGCUCUGUUGUCUCAGUUUGACAGUGACCGGCGCUUGGCCGAUCACUUCGGUGGCAAGGUGCAUGCGGGCUGUUUGCGCUUACGUACGUUGCAGAAGGAGUGGAAGGAGAAGAUCCUCGAACGCCGAAACAGACCCGUCAGCAGGGACGCUGAGGACAGAGACCGCAGUGACAGACGCGACAGGGAUCGCGAUGAAAAGACUAGCCGGUCGUCUAGGAGUGAUAGAGACAGAAGCGAUAAGGAUCGAAGUGAUAGAGAUAGGGGCAGCGACCGCAGGGACAGAGACAGAGACCGCAGUUACCGCGAGAGGAGUGAUAGAGACAGAAGUGAUAGAGAUCGAAGUGACAGAGACAUGAAGACCGCCGCAGCAGAAGUCGAUCAAGAGAGCGCAGUCGCAGAUGAGGGCCAGCUGUUUAGUGGUCUGUAUGUUACACUGUAUGACAAAUCGUGA